GGGAAAUGGCGUCCCAAGAAGCAGUAAGAGAGCUAUGUGUUGCUCCGUGACUCAUACUGGAUAGACGCGUAAAGGACAGAGACUUUUAACCUGAUAAAGUCUCCUCCGUCGUGGCUCUAUCCACAACCAGUCCAGGACUGUACUGGUGCGACGCUUUGCAUUCUUACAUGUGACUUUUGGGACAAUGAGGCUGAGAGUGCGCAAAGCAUCUCAGCAGCCGAGUGAAAUCCCACCUGUCCGGACUGCCAAGACCAAGAGGAAGCACUCCGAAGUGGAGCCAACAAGGUCUUCAGGAGGAGCCAAGAUGCAGAAGAAUGACACCGGCAUCUUUUCCACAAUUAAGAGAUUUAUUAGAGGGAAUGCUGUCAAGGUGGAUCAGUGUAACCCUGCUAAGAGGAGCCGUGUUGACUGCGACUCUGACAGUAACUUGAUCACAUCCACCCCACCCGUUGGGAACCUGUCCAGCAAAGCCAACCCUAGAACUCGCAGGAAAGGUCCUGCCAAUGGAGACACCAUGGCAUGUCCGAGUAAACUGGUGAAGCCAAAUGGGAAGUUGGAGGCACAGACCGAAGUAGCCAACAGUCCCCCACGUACCACAUUGCUAGGAACCAUCUUCUCUCCAGUUUUCAAUUUCUUCUCACCAGCCAACAAAAAUGCUACAUCAGUCUCAGACUCACCUGGCCAGGCAGUCGAAGCAGAAGAAAUUGUGAAGGAACUGGACAUGGAGCAGCUGGAAGAGACCCCAACUAGCACUACAACCGACAGUAGCAGAGACAUCAACUUCGACCCAGCACUAAAUACAAGACCUCUAAUGCCUGCAGUUGCAGCUGAGGAGGAGGGUGAGAUUGUCACUGAGGCUGACAUGCCACCUUUGACAGCUGUUGGAUCUAACAACAAUUACCCUGAAGCCCCGACCUCAACCCCAUCGGAGGGGACAUAUGAGGAAGACUGGGAGGUCUUUGAUCCCUAUUUCUUUAUUAAACAUGUACCACCACUGACUGAGGAGCAGCUUACUCGUAAGCCAGCACUUCCACUGAAGACCAGAAGUACUCCAGAGUUCUCGCUGGUUUUAGACUUGGAUGAGACAUUGGUCCACUGCAGUUUAAAUGAGCUGGAGGAUGCAGCCUUGACCUUCCCUGUUCUUUUCCAAGAUGUAAUUUACCAGGUAUAUGUCCGGUUGCGGCCAUUCUUCAGGGAGUUCUUGGAGCGCAUGUCUCAAAUUUAUGAGAUUAUUCUAUUUACUGCUUCCAAGAAGGUUUACGCUGACAAGUUGCUGAACAUUCUGGAUCCUAAGAAACAAUUAGUUAGACACAGGUUGUUUCGUGAGCACUGUGUGUGUGUGCAAGGAAACUACAUCAAAGACCUGAACAUUCUUGGUAGGGAUCUGUCCAAGACCAUCAUAAUUGACAACUCACCGCAAGCCUUUGCUUACCAGCUAUCUAAUGGAAUCCCCAUUGAAAGUUGGUUUGUGGACAAGAAUGACAACGAGCUCCUGAAGCUUGUUCCGUUUUUGGAGAAGCUGGUGGAAUUGAAUGAGGAUGUUCGGCCCCAUGUAAGAGAGAAGUUUCGCUUGCAUGACCUUUUACCCCCGGAUUAAGGCCAUUGAAACUUGGAAAACAACCGGACUGUUUUAAUACAUUGAAAUUUUCAAUAGGGGACAGAAAUAUACACAACUAUGAACUCGUGAGAAUUUGAACUACCGAUUUUCUCUUUUACAGACCAUGUUUUAUGUGGGUAUGGGUGGGUUAUCAACAAAGGUUUUAAAGAAAUGACUUAAGUAUGCACACAUUUUAUAAAUUUUAAUUGAAAUGCAAUUGAAGGAAAGAGCUUUGCUCGGCCUGGCUGCAAAUAUUUAUAAGGGGUGGUAUACAGAGGAGACUCUCUUCCUUUUUGCUCAAAUUGGACUUUAUUUUAAAGUGCUGUGGAGAAGAGGACUGAUGUCACUCCUUUCGGUGCUCAAUGGGACACUCUACCCUUACUAGCCAUCAGUUUUUCCACCAAAAUGGCCAGUUAAUUAAGGAUUCAUUAAAAAAAAAAAGAAAAAAAAAAA